UGAUGAUCGAUCAAGCUUGUUCGAGCAAUAAUGCAACUCGAAGGUGUCGUUAUGUAAGGCAAGCCAAACCAGGAGAGAAACCGGAUUAAAUUCAUGAAGAAAAAUGGCAGGCUGUUUCAAGAGAGUGACAGAUUUUGUGGGCCUUACAGAAAGAUAUGUUCCCGAGAACAGGACAGUGUUUGUAGGUAACCAGCCACCCCCUGUACAAGAUGAAGCCUACAUUCCACAAGAUUUUCCUGAUAAUACUGUCGUCUCCUCAAAGUAUACAGCAAUUAACUUCUUCCCUAAAAAUCUAUUUGAGCAGUUCAGGAGAAUUGCGAACUUCUACUUUCUCUGUGUUGCAGUCUUACAGUUAGCCAUCGAUACGCCAGUAAGUCCUUGGACAAGCAUAUUGCCUCUCAUCUUUGUAGUAGGGGUUUCCAUGAUCAAACAGGGUUACGAGGACUGGUUGCGUCACAAAGCGGACAAUGAGGUCAACAAAAGAGCGACCCUCGUCGUACGAGAUGGAGUGAUAGAGAAAAUCAAAUCAAGGGAUGUUCGGGUCGGUGAUAUUGUCAAAGUCCAAAAUAACGAUGAGAUACCGUGUGACAUGGUCUGCUUAUCGUCGGUCCGAGAAGAUGGCGACUGUCACGUGACCACUGCCAAUUUAGACGGUGAAACUAAUCUCAAGAUAUUCAGGUCAUUACCAGACACUGCCAUUCUGCAAACAGAGGAGAGUCUGAAUUCAUUGUCCGCCGUCGUGGAGUGCCAGCAACCUAUCUUAGAUUUGUACAAAUUUGUUGGGAGAAUGACUUUAUACCAAAACACCAAUGUGCCUAAUAAUAACAGCAAUCCAACCCAAAAGCCUUUAACUGCAGAAAAUGUCUUAUUACGUGGAUGUCGCCUUAAAAAUACAGAAUAUAUUUAUGGUUGUGCAGUGUACACAGGAGAGGAAACCAAGAUGGCCUUAAAUUCUAAAACCAAAGGACAAAAAUUCUCCUGUAUAGAAACAGUGAUGAACUAUUAUCUUCUAUUCAUGCUUGGAGUAUUAAUCUUUGAGGUAUCAAUAUGUACGGGUCUGAAGUAUUUCUACAAUGCAAGGUCUUAUGUCCCGUUCUCAUGGUACUUCUAUGAAGUAGCCAAACCGGACUAUGAGAUCUCGUUUCUAGGAGUGAUGGAGGACUUUCUAUCCUUUCUUGUGCUUUAUAACUACAUCAUUCCAAUUUCAUUGUAUGUGACAAUAGAAAUGCAGAAGUUUCUUGGAUCCAUGUUCAUAGGAUAUGACAUAGAGAUGUAUGAUGAGAAAACCAACGAGCGUGCUGUCGCCAACACGUCUGAUCUGAAUGAAGAGUUGGGCCAGGUGGAGUACAUGUUUACAGACAAGACCGGUACCCUCACUGAGAAUGAGAUGAAGUUCAGACAGUGCUCUAUCAACGGGGUCAAGUACACUGAGGUCAAAGGUCAACUUCAGCCCCAGAAAGAAAACGAAGGGGAUGAGAGUGACAAAGAUGACUUCUUGCUGACCAUGGCGCUCUGUCAUACCGUCCAUGUCCAUAAAGAACCCGCAUCAGCUAAGAAGGUGAUGAACGGUAACGUUGGUGAGACACACAUGCUGCAAUAUGAAGCAUCUUCACCAGAUGAAAAGGCCCUAGUGGAAGCAGCAAGCCAGUAUGGUACAACGUUCCUAGGGGGCACCCAGGAGUACCUAGACGUCAAACACAAAGGACAGACGCUUCGAUACCAGAUACUAAACAUCCUGGAGUUUGACCCGACCCGGAAGUGCAUGAGUAUCAUUCUUAAAACGCCUUCAGGAGAAAAUCUGCUUCUAUGCAAAGGGGCGGAGUCAUCCAUCUUAAGGAAGAGUGUCAGCGGAAAGAAAAGUGAAACCGAUCAACACGUUAGCGACUACGCCAUGGAGGGUCUAAGAACGUUAUGCUUUGGUAGAAGGAUACUCAGCAAUGAUACGUAUGCUGCGAUGGAGGAGAAAUUGAGACUAGCUUCUACGGCCCUGGAUGAUAGAGAGGAGAAGAUGUCCGAAGCAUAUGACAUGAUAGAACAAGACCUACACCUGAUCGGAGCUACUGGGGUUGAAGAUCGAUUACAAGAUCAGGUAGCUGAGACAAUGGUGGCACUCAGGGAAGCAGGGAUUAAGAUUUGGGUUCUAACGGGAGACAAACAGGAGACAGCGGUCAACAUCAGUCAUUCCUGCGGUCACUUCAAGGAUGGAGUGGUUGAACUGUUACUGGUCAAGCAAGAGCUUGAGACAACGUGUGUCCAGACACUCAAUAGGCUUGCAGAACAAAUGAAUCUAGAUCCCCAGAAGCGAUAUGCACUGGUGGUAGACGGACCCAGUCUGGCCCUGGCCAUGAAACAUUACCAGAUGGAGUUUAGGAAUCUCUGCUUAGAUUGUGAAGCUGUGCUCUGUUGCAGAAUGUCACCUUUCCAGAAAGCACAGGUUGUAAAACUAGUGAAGGAAUCUCCCACCAAACCUUCAACCAUGGCUAUCGGUGAUGGUGCUAACGAUGUUAGUAUGAUACAAGAAGCUCAUCUCGGUCUGGGAAUUAUGGGUAAGGAGGGCCGACAAGCGGUACGAUGCAGUGACUAUGCGUUCUCUCGUUUCAAAUUUCUCCUCCGAAUUCUUCUCGUCCAUGGCCAGUGGUACUACCAUAGAAUAGGAAUAACCGUCCAAUACUUCUUCUACAAGAACUUUGCUUUCAUCACUUGUCAGUUCUACUUUGCUUUCUUUUCUGAGAUGUCACAACAGCCCAUGUUUGAUAGCAUGUACUUAACAUUAUUUAACAUCACCUUCUGUGCAUUACCAAUCCUACUCUUUGGCAUCUUUGAGCAACAUCUGUCGGCCAAGAUGCUCCUGAAGAAUCCACAGCUUUAUAAAGAUAACCAACGUAAUUCUUACUUCAAGAUGUGGAAGAAUUGCUACUGGGUAAUAUUAGGAAUCUAUCAAUCUCUCGUCUUUUUCUUCGGAGCUAUGUUUCUCAUCAAAGACGAUGUUUCUCUUAUGCAGAAUAUGAAGAACUAUGGUCUUUGGUCAUUUGGUACUAUAGUCACAACUGGAUGUGUGCUUGUUGUCAAUUUUAAGCUUUGUGUAGAGAUAUGCAACUGGGAUGGCUUUCAGAUAGCUGGUAUGAUCAUUCAGCUCCUUGGCUACCCAGUUCAAGUAGCACUUUAUUCAGGAUUAUUAUGGCAUGAUACAUUUCCAAUAUCAUUAUUUGACAGUACCGGUCUAUACUGGGUAUUCUUCGAGGCCCAUAAUAGCUGGACCGUAUGGUUCUGGAUCCUUGGCGUUAUUGUAGCUUGCUUCCUUCCGGAUUACAUCUUCAAGACCACGUGUUACUACUUCUUCCCCAGUAGGGCUGUGAUUGUUAGGAGAUAUGACGAUGCAUGCUUGGCUUGCAUGCAAUGGCGUCGGCGUCACUCUAGUCGACUUGAGGACAGUUCCGAUGCCGACGUUACACGCAGUAAUGCAAAUCUAGAGACCAUCUCAAAUACUCCAGAAACGCAGCAACAGCACACAACCUCUUCUGCUAACUUGAUCUGGCAAGAGUCGUCAAACAAGACAGCGUACCACAAUCCUAGCGUGGAAAUGGAGGACGGGUUGCCCCUAACGACCUACAAGAGAACGACCAGCUCCCAGAAGGCUAACAGCAACAUGGAUUAGCAAUCAGCAUCCCCCACUGAGCGCCAUCAGCAACAUUGCCUAUUGCAAGGCAACAAAUCAACCAGGCAGCAGGCUUGGUGAGGGAUGAUCACUGGCGAUGAUGAAUAUAAAUACGAUGGUGAGAGACCAACUUGCAUGCAA